CGCCAGUCAGUCGAAGUUGCGCGUGCGGUGCGCCGGUGUGUUGCGAGUUGCGCGCUCUCUGCUCUUGUGUGUGGUUGGUAGUACUUCGGCUCUUGCGCCCGGUCCGCAGUUGUGUGCCUGUCGAGUUCGCGCGCGCGCCACCGAGUGUGCGAGAUUAUACAUUGUGCGUCGUUUUGCGCCCGAGCAUCAAAAAGAAACAAUAUUUAAGUGUUACACACGAUGGCAACAAGCAUGCUGUUGGUGACGUUGGGCCUCUUCGCUGCCAUCGCAUUACCGGGCACGUUCUCCGUGACCAUCGAGGAGAAAAUGCGCGACGAUCCGGAUUUAUCUCAGUUCUAUUCGAUGCUGCAUCGCAACGAUAUCGCCAAUAUGUCGCUGCGCCUCAAGAAGGUGACGAUAUUUGCGCCGACGAAUGAAGCCUUCCAACGUUAUAAGACACCCUACGAUGACGAACUUGAUAAGGAAUUGGUUUUAUAUCAUAUGACGAACUUGCCGCAGACAACCGACCAAUUUGUAACCGGCUCGUCGACGUCGCUGACCUCUGAAUUAGAAGGCAAUCCUCGCCUCUGGGUGACCACCAAGAAGGGCUCCUAUCAUGACGAUGUUUACAUCAACAACGCGCGUCUCCUCGUUAGCCAAUCGAACUUCAAAGCAAAGAAUUCAAGGCACAUGGAACAGGUCCUGCAUAAAAUCGACGAAGUCUUGGUCCCGGUAAUAUCUCCCAGCACGGCAGCGACUAAACUUUACAACCCGCACGCGUGGGACUUCCUCGAACACUACGAAUCACUGAAUAUUAAUCCCUUCAGAGUACGAUUGUUCCGCGAACGAAUCGUGCGCACGCGCAAGGAGGACAUCUUCCGUAACGAGGGAGGCCAUACAUUUUUCAUUCCUGUCGAUGAGGGUUUCAAGAAUUCACACGCGGAUUCGAUCGAUUCCAAAGUGAUCGACGGGCAUGUCAUCCCCAAAAUGGUCCUGUUUACUGCUCCAACUGCGAAGGACAUGCCUUAUCCCACUAUGGCCGACGGGGACAACAUGAAAGUAUAUAUUACUUUCUCAGAGGAGACUCAUGGACGUACCACGACUAUUUAUAUCAAGUCUCAUAACAUCCUUGGUGAUAACACACAUUCCAAGGGUGUAGUACUGGCCGAAAUCGUCAAGGCUAACAUUCCUGUAAAGAAUGGUGUUGUGCAUUUGAUCAACAAACCUUUAAUGGUCGUGGACAAGACCGUCAAGGAUUUCCUUCAGGAUAAAGAGGACGGUCCCCUGAGUAAAUUCUGCCAGGAAAUCGCGGAUGCCGGCGAAGUUGGCCAGGAGUUCAUGAGGACAAUCGAACGUGCGCAUGAGAGCAUCACGCUCUUUGCACCCUCGAAUGCCGCCUGGGACGAUGGUAACCUGAAGAAUCUGCUGCGUGAUCCGCAGAGCAUGAAGGAGAUCCUCUACAUGCAUUUGGUCCUCGACAAGCGUCUAUUCCUCGAGAACAUCGCCGAUUCACACAAGCGACACGAUUACCAGGCAGCAACGCUGAAUCCGAAGAAGACGCUCAUCUUCAACGUGGCAUUGAUCGGCAACAAUCGCACGCUGACGGUCGAUGGCGGCGGUGUCAACGCCACAGUCAUCCAGCCGGACAUUGCAGCGAAGAACGGCGUUAUCCACAUCAUUGAUCGUGUGCUCGGCGUACCAUACACCACCAUCAUCGACAAGCUGCGUAACGACGCUCAGCUGAACGACACGCUCUUCCUGGGAAGCCGUAGCGGUUUCAACCAGCAGCUGAAUGACACCACUCGCAAGUACACCUAUUUUGUUCCACGCGACAAGGCCUGGGCCGACGCUCGAAUCCGCUUCCCCUCGGAGAUUAAGAAGCUCUUCAUGCCUGACUUCACAUAUCACGUGACUCAAAUCUUGGAAAGACACUUGGUCAUCUCCGAUGUGGCGUACACAAUGGAAAAGAUCAAAGUCCUCACUGGUGAUACCAAUACGACUCCGUUUAACUACUACAAGCACAAGGAAAUCGAAUUGCCGACAGUACGCGACAGCCUGAGCAUGUUCGUCGAGGAGCGACAGGAUCACAAUACGGAUGAGCAAAGCAAAACUAACAAAAGUUUCAUCAUCCACUGGAAGGGCGAGAAGAUUCCGGUCUUUCGACCGAACAUCGAGUGCACGAAUGGCAUCAUCCACGUCAUCGACGCGCCGUUCUUAAAGGAGGGCGACAUCCGGGUUUCCGGCGCGCCGACCGCCGCACUUGCGCCUCACCUAUUGAUGCUCGUUAUCGCCAAAUGGCUGCUGCUAUAAUGCCGUGCGGGUAGAUUUAUAGACUAAUUAUUUCUACCAAAACAAUAAAAACACACACAUUCACACGGGAAACGAGCAUUGAGGAUGUUUUGAUCUUAAAAGGACAGGAAAAACAGCACGCAUGGAACAAAUUAUUUGCAUUUUAACUAUUCUUUCAGCCGAAAUUCACGUAUUUCACUGGAAAGUCAUGAAAAUUUGUCGAAAUACGCGAAUUUCGACGCGCAAGCUUCGAUUACGCUGGAGAUACAUUCCAAAGACACUCCGCGAAGCAAUUUGAGAAACAAUAAAUUAAGAAAUGAAGCAUUUCAGUUUAAAACACACUCACACACACACAUUGAUGACACUUCCUGUACAUGUGGAAUGCUUGCACGAGCGACCGUUUUCGAUAUAUAAAUUACACACUUUUGGGCAAGAAUCUAUAGACUGGGAUUGAGUAGAUUUGUAAAAGAAGGAUAAUAAUUACACAGCAAUGUGAUAACAAAGUAAAACGUACGGCUUAUAGAGCGAGUUCACCUAAAAUUAUUCGAUUAAUCAGCAAGCGACUGAAGCGUAAGUUAUUUUUAGCAUAAUACUGAGCGUAAACGUGAACAAGUGAAAUUGUGACGCCUCGGAAUUACCCUAAACGUAAGAACUGCUUACUUUGUAUUAUAUUCUAUGCUAAUUUGAGUGAUUUUGUGCGUUUCCGCUUUGAGAGUUCUGGUUUUAACACGACGAGACGUAAAGAAAAGUUUAUUAGAUACCUAUAAUAGGAGGAUAUAAGAGGGGAUAAAGCGUAAUUUAUGAAUUAAUUAUGUACAUAUUAAAUGCGUGAAUGUGUAUAAAUGUUCAUAUUUUUGACAUGCAAGAAAUGUUUAUAAAUGUUAGACCAUUGUCGAUUCUAUUUGAGAGCGUAAGUUUUUGCUUACAAUUUAAAGAGAGAGAUGCAACGGGGGUAUAAACAUUGCUUUUUAAUGUAAAUCCGCAUAUUAAACUACGAGUACACACAGACAAAGAUUAAUUACGUAAGAAUGGUUUGGCUUUUCCUCUUCGGGCACUGAAAUGCUUCAUAAAUACGAAACUAUUAAGGUAUAAUAGAGUUAAUGAGAGGACGCUGCAAGUAAACGUGUAAGGCUUACGUUCGUUACGUCCAGUUUGCUACUAUCUUAUCAACUAAAAUACUAACUAACGAUACAAUUAAGCGAUUAUCAAAUUAUCAAUAAAUGUACACCGGACACGUCUCCAACAACAUACACACGACAAACACACUUGACAUUAUUGUACCAAGAAUCAAAUCAAACGAAACAAGAACAAAACACUACAUCUCUAAUUGAAGUAAUAUGUGUAUUGGACUGACUGUACCGUUUUAAUAACUAACUAUCGAAGUGAAAUCUAAUGUAUAACCGUAAACACAAGAUACUGCUAAAACUACUGUACGAAACCAAGUAAAAAAUAUACAUACACGUGUAAUCAUGUAAUCAUGCGAUGACAGAAACGAAUAAUUGGAUGUUAUAAGGCUUAAAAACUAAACAUAAUGAACAUGUUAGUCAAUAAUGUUUUAGAUGUACAAUUAUACUCUAUGUGUGUAUAAGAUUGCACUGCCAUUUGUGAAACUAAAAAUGAAACAUACUAUAACUAUCGACGAAGACAAACAAAACUAUUUGUAAAGCGGUCAAACAAAAGUGUUGAUAAAAAAGCGAUAACCGAUACCAUUUUUGUAUUAUUUGCAAGAUGAUGAAAUUAAAUUAAAGAUAUGUAGAAGGUAGUCUUUACGUAAAAUUUAUAGCGAACGCGUUUGAGAAUCAUACUAAAGUGUUAUUUUACUAGUUGACAAGGCGACAUGAUUAUUUUUUAAACUAUGUACUUCUAACUUGUAAUUAAUCACACACGUUUUACAUCAUCAACCGCAUUAUAUCAUCGAGCAUUUAUUGAGUAAAUCUUUCAAUGAAGAAAUAAAGCAUUCAGUGCUCUAAGUUCA